AUGAAGAUUUUCUUUGAGAUGGUUCGUCAAGUUAGACGAUGCAUCAGGGCCCGUCACAUCAAGGGUGACGAGAUGCAAGUCGCCUUCGCCCUGUCAAAUUUGACGGGACGGGCAAAGACUUGGGCUUUAGGGCUCAAGAUUCACGACCCAAACGUGUUGGAGUCGUUGGAGAUCUUGAAGUCUCGGCUUAAAGAGAGGUUUGAGCCGCCGAGAGCCGAGUUCAGAGCACGCUCUGCACUCUUGAGGCUAAAGAAAGGUAAGCGUGACGUGCACGCUUACGCACAGCACCUGCGCUACCUUGCGAGUAGAGUCACACAAAACCCUGUUGAUGAGCACACGCUCAUCAACGUGUUCAUCUACGGCCUUGUGGAUGGGCCGGUGAAGACCUACAUGUUCCGAGAGGACUUCCAUACGCUGGAAGGGGCGACAGCGUAUGCGAAAGCCUUCAGCCUGAGACAGUCUCAGGCUAACUCGUCCAACUAUCGUCCGACGAGACGACAGGAAACCGGAGGUCCCGAACCAAUGGCCCUCUGUUAUAUAGAGAGCGAUAAUUCUCGCUCUCUGAGCACAAUAGAACGGCAAGAUGCCAUCUCUUUCAGAAGAUUGAGCACUACGAUCAUGAGUGUAGUGUCCCGAGCACUGCAACACGUCCAAAAAAAGACAGGACGUGAUGACCGCCGUUGGCCAAGGAAGGGUCCGAGGCGUGGGUCCGACCAUGUCGCCAAGCCGCGACAGCGAGUCGGACCAUCUAAACAACGGACAGGGUCAGUAGGGGCGGAGCACUCUCCUGAUCUUGCAACGUCAAGAGAAUUUGCAGGACACUUGACGAAGAUUGCUCCCAACACGCAGUCUCUGUGUUUUACUGCCCCUAGUGAUGAGGAGUCUCUCAUCACUUUGAAGAUCGAGGUGACAAGUGGAAUGUCACUUUGCGCCCUGGUUGAAUGUGGGGCGCCAAACAUUUUUAUUCGACGCCAGUCGCUAGAAGAUAGUAGACUCAACUAUGUUGAGCUGGAGAUUCCUCCAACGAGGAUAACGGUAUGA